AUGGUUGCUAACCCUCAGGCAGCAGCUGGUACCAGGGUUCUGAUCAAGCAGGAAAGAAGAAAGCAAAAGGAAUAUUUUGAAAAGAAAAGGUUAAAAUCAAAAAUGAAAUUACUGGGGGUUUCAUCCCCUGUCAAAAAUUCCACUGUCAGUUUAGACCUCCUUAACCUGUAUAUGGUAAAUCACAUAUCUUGCCAGAAGAAAACGCCUGAAACUGUGAGAAAACCAAUCCACGUGAAUAUGCAUAGAGACAUAAAAGUGCCCCUAAGAAAGCAUAAUUUAGAACUUCCAAUGUCACCUCACUGUGUACCAUCUAACCUCUGCAUUGAUGAUAGAGACAACAGGUAUAUUUUAGCAAGACUAGACAGCAAGAAAGAACUUGACACAGUUCAGUUGUCACAAGUCAUAGACUCAUAUGGAGUGUUUAAACCUCAGUUCAACAGAAUAGAAAAUUACAUUUUUUCUCAACCAUGUUUUUCAGCAGAAUUAUCUUCUAAUAAGAAUAUUACAAAACAAAAAUAUUCUCAGAAAGUUUUAUGUGAAAAACAGAAUGAGCAGCUCAGUAAAGUUAAUUAUUCUAAUUCCAUGGUUUCCAAAUUAAAUGAAAAUCAAGAUGCUCUCAGUCCACCACAUAAAACAGCACAAUUUGGGUCAUUAUUCGAAAGAUUAGACAGUCCAGGCAAUAGGAAUUUCCUUACUGGAAGACCUGUUGUAGUUAUGGGUGAAGAAUGCGGAAGCAUGGAUGAGCAAAGACAGUCAGACUUCAUUACUGAAAAACAGUCAGUACAACAUAUUUGGGGAGAAAAUAGAAGAGAGGUUUCAAAUUUUCUUGAAGAUGUGAACCAACCAAAAGCCAGCCUUAUAUCAGAGAAUUGUAACUCUUUUAUUAGUGAAAAUGUCAUCAAUUUAUUAAACAUUGAUCAACAGAGGAUAAAGAAAACCUUUGACAAGUGUGGGUAUGACAGUAUGGGAGAUAUUUGUGCAACCACAAGUUCUGAUAAAAAUGAUUCAACUGAUAGAUGCAUUAGAAGUAUUUUUACAUAUCCAGAGUUGACUCUUAGUAAUUCUACUUUUAAUAAAACAACUUAUCCAGAAAAGUGUCAGCCAAACAAGAGGUAUCAAAAAGAGUACCACAAUAAUGAAAGAAAUACCCUUAGUACAUCUUUUGAAAAGGAUUGUUAUGCACCCAGCUCUGAAAAAAAAGGAAAAUUUGGAAGUGAUUACCAAGAGAAGACACCACAUAAUGGAAGCCAGAAAUAUCCAGUGAAUCAUAUGGGUAAUAUCUCUUUGGAAGAAUUGCAUUUGAAGCAACCAUGGGACUUUGGACUUGGUGAGAUUCUGAUGGAAGAAGGAGGAACCUGUUCUUUAAAAGACAGACCAACAUCUGCUAAGAAUAUCUAUCUUGACUCUUCACAGAGUAGUCAGUCUACCAGUUACUCCCCAAGGCCAACAGAUAGUUGCUUCAGUUCUAGUUCAGAGAUGCUAUCUGAAGAUGAAGAGCAAAUAUUGCAGCAAAUUGAAGAAUCAAAUAGGAAAUCCAUCAGAAUCAAAGAAACAACCAAUAAUUUUUAUCUAGAAAGGAUGCCAAAACUUUCAUGUGGUAGGAUUAUUAAGAACAAUGCCAAAAUUCAUAAACAAAGUGAGAAUCUUCACCAGUUCUCAAUGAAAAAUAAUACAGAUAAAUUUCUACAGUGUCAGUGUAAUUCAGCAUACAUAUUACAAAACAAAACCAGUAAUAACUACAUUCCACAGGUUGCAAGAUGUGAUGCAUGGGUACAAACAGACAGUGAACCUAUAACGGAAGAAAAAUUAGAUGCUGCCAUACAGUGUGAUAUAAUUUCAGAAUGUAAAUGUAGAAGUGAUGUGUCUCCUCUUUGUAAUAUUGGAAGGUGCAGUGAAAAUAUUAAGGCAGAUACCACUGGAGGGCAGGAAAUCCUUAAGAACAACUAA